CACACUCAAUUUUUCAUAUUCAACAACAAGAACACUAAAAACUUCACACAAAAAAACGCACACUACUCUUCCCUUGGCUAAAAGAAAAAAACACAACACAAAAAAUGGCCGUCGAAGCUCUCAACUCUCCCACCACUCCGGCGCCGCCGUCGUUCAAGUUCGACAACACCGCCGCCUCCCUCGAGCCGUGGUCCAAGGGCAAGCGGUCGAAGCGCUCCCGCAGCUCCGACCGCCACGAUCACCCCAAGGAGGAGGAAUACCUCGCUCUCUGCCUCAUCAUGCUCGCUCGCGGCGGCGGCGCCUCUUCCACGGCGGCGCCACCGCCCAAAUCCCGCCUUCCACCGCCUCCUCCGGCGGCGCUGGUAUACAAGUGCUCGGUUUGUAGCAAGGCGUUUGGGUCCUACCAAGCCUUGGGCGGCCACAAAGCCAGCCACCGCAACAAGCUCAGCUCCGGCGCCGACGGAGACGAGCACUCCACCACCUCCGCCUCCGCCGUCACGUCGACCUCCGGCAGCGGCGGCGGGAGAGUCCACGAGUGCUCCAUCUGUCACAAGUGCUUCCCCAGCGGCCAGGCCUUGGGCGGCCACAAGCGCUGCCACUACGAGGGCGGCGCUCCCAGCGCCGCCGCCGCCGCCGGAAGCAGCGUGGUGAGCUCGUCGGAGGGAGUGGGGUCCACCGUUAGCCACCGCGAUUUCGACCUGAAUCUGCCGGCGUUCCCGGAAUUCUGGCAGAGAUUCGGAGGCGAGGACGAAGUAGAAAGCCCGCAUCCGGCGAAGAAGGCGCGGCUGUCGCCGCCGGCGAAGUUGGAAUUGGUCUGAAGAAUCUGUAUAGAAUAGUGAAAUUAUUAGGAAAAGUUGAAAAUUAAUUAAUUUUUUUUUAGUUUUGUUUGGCGGUGGAAAUUGUUUGUAAAUGGAAGUGGGGAAUCAUUGCUGAUUAUUUAUUGAUUCUUUGAUUUAUUGCGAUACAAUAAAUUGUUUUAACUAAA